UGCAUAAAAAAAAAAUAAUAAUGUUUACGCUACGAUCUAGAUCUAGAUCUAGUAAUACCCAAGUAAAAGCGUCUGAAUGAUUUUUUCAGCCGUUCGCAAAAGUAACUAAAUAAUUAUGUAACGAGAUAAUUGAAGCACGCGUGAUAAAUUCAAAUUGCGAGUUCGUCUGCAUUUUUACAAAGUUUGUUGCUGUUCAUGAAAUGAAAGUUGAAACUAAACAAACGCGAGUAGAUUACGAGUGUUUGUUGUAAUUAUUCAUGUUUGAGAAAUUUCUCUUUUUGUGCCACUUGACUUUUACGGGGGAUGUGUGCGUGUUACGAUUACGUUUUUUCUGAAUCUUCAUUCGUAACGUUAUGAUUCGCGCUAAAAAUGGACGAUGAAAUUCAAGAAACAGUCGAAGCUAUAUUAGGUAAGGAUGUCAAAGUGAUAGAUUGCGAGAAAAAGUCUACUAUCAAGGAAGAAGAAGUGCUGCUCAUUAACGGGUGUCCUGUCACUCUCGAUGGCGAAGAUGGUGCGGCAGUUAAAGAAGCUUUAUUAAGAGGUAACAUUCCAAAUUGUCACUCUCUCAAUCAGAUUCUCGUUCGAGUGGGAAUAUUAAAAGCGCCAGUGAAAUUGGAGACCAAUUUAAGCGUCAAAUCGAACGUAGUAACUCGAGAGGAAGUCACCGUCGCCAAAGGAGGACAAGUAGUCGAUGAAAGGUCCAGAGAAACCAAAGAAGAUAAUUUUUAUACCAGUAAUACCAGUGAAAUAUGGGAACCAGUUGGUAUCAUUUCCAACGAUAAUCUUUCUUCCAUCGAUUCCACGAGUAAAGAUUUCUCGUCUCUAUUAUGUACUCCGAUCGCGCAUUCCAAAGAUACGCAGCCUUCGUCGAUAAAAUCCGCGUGCAAUUCUAAUAAUUCGCCGAAAAACGGCUCGGAUUCGUCUCGUGAACCGUGUUCUCGACACGAUGCUCCUAAAAAGUAUCAAGAAACGAAGAUGGUUUCGGUUUCGAAGAAAUUCUCGUCCGAUUCCGAGGAUAAAACGGAUUUCGUGUAUUCGUCGGACACAGUAAGCGGUGCCAGUUUGAAAGAUGCGUCCGCCGUCCACGUUUUACCAUUGGGUCUGGCAACGAAAAAUAAAACUAACGGAAGCGAUUCUUCGUCGUCGUCGUCGUCGGGAUUGGUUUUCCGCGAUGGAACUUUAGUAUCGGGCAGUUUGGAGAUGCUGAUACGUCAUUUGAUUCCUUCGACCGAUUAUUAUCCGGAUAAAGAAUUCAUCUUUGCGUUUCUACUAACUUCGCGGUUGUUCGUAAAACCCGACGAAUUAUUGGAUAAAAUAGUGUGUUUUUGCGAUAUCGAACGUAAUUUCAACAACAAACACCCUGAAAACAAAGAACAGUUGACGCAAUUCAUUCCUCGCUUGGUUCAAUUGUUGGGAGACUGGAUCGAGUCAUUUCCGUACGAUUUCCGCGAUGAUAAGCUAAUGGCGCACGUACAAGCUAUUAUGCAAAAAUGCGUAAACAUCAACCCGGACCUUUUACCCGAAGUUUCGACGUUGGUUCGAAACCUGCUGGAACGUUUGACAAAUUUAGAACACUACGAAGAAUUUUUACAGGAAUUUAAUCAAAAUUCCGUCAAGCAGUCGGUCGAAAUUUUGCCCCCCGUAAACGUGGUAGAACUGUGCGCCGAACCUAAAAUACUGGCUCAGCAAUUAUGUCACAUAGAAUUGGAGCGAUUAUCGUACAUCGGUCCCGAAGAAUUUGUCGAAGCGUUCGUUCAAGAGCACGCUAGUGGCGCGGACAAGUAUACGCGAGCGAAAAAAACUUGUAAUUUAGAGUCGUACGUGCAGUGGUUCAAUAGAUUAAGUUACGUAGUAGGAUCGGAAAUUUGUAAACACGUGAAAAAGAAAUCUAGAAUAAAAACGGUCGAGUAUUGGGUCGAAGUGGCCAGAGAAAGUUUCAACAUAGGUAAUUUCAAUUCCUUGAUGGCCAUUAUCGCUGGCUUGAAUUUGUCCCCAGUUGCUAGAUUAAAAAAGACGUGGGCGAAAGUGCAAUCAGCCAAGUUUUCAAUCCUAGAACACCAAAUGAAUCCUACCUCAAAUUUCAGUAGCUACAGAUCAACGUUGAAAGCGGCAAUGUGGCGAUCGACUGGAAAUAACGUACAACAUCAGUGUUUAGUUAUUCCUUUUUUCUCGCUACUAAUCAAAGAUAUUUAUUUUUUAAACGAAGGCUGUUCCGAUAGAUUGCCGAAUGGGCACGUGAAUUUCGAAAAGUUCUGGCAACUGUCGCAACAAGUUUCCGAAUUUGUCAAAUGGAAGCAGACUGCGUGUCCGUUUGAAAAAAAUUUGCAUAUUAUUACAUUCCUUCAGGCUAGUCCAGUAUUAUCUGAAAAAGCAUUGUUAUUAGCGUCUUUUGAAUGCGAACCUCCGGAAAAUAGUCUUGAAAAAGAACAGUACAAGCAUAUAAAAAACGGAGAUGCGUAAUUCGACGAAAAUAUCGUUUUCGACUCUGCUGAAAUUCAAAACACACAGUAUUCCUAAACCUCCUAUUCCUAGCAUUAUUCUAAUGUUCGACUUUUAAUGGUAAAUAAAAAUGAAACUUUCAGUUCGACAAAUUAAUACAAUAUACGUUUUACGUUUAUACGCGUAGGUAUAAUUGAUAUUAAGUAUUGGUAAUUGAUCUCUCCAUAAGGUUGUAUGUAAUCGAAUUAGGCGCUUUUUUGUAAUUAAUUUUCGCGUAACUAGCCCGCAGUUUUGCCAUCUUUAUUAACGUUUACCAGAAAAUUUCCACGUUCGUUCGCAUGUUGUAUGUAUCUUGUUCCAUUCGACAUUUCAACGCUUGUUCCUGUUUUUACAUUCGUUUUUUUAUCGCUUCGAUUUAGUGUAUCCUAAUUUUUUAUACGUCUUUUUUUUUUUUUUUUUUUUUUGUUAUUUUUAUUCUUAGUUUGCUGGUGAACGAUAGCGGUGGUUAGCUUGAUUUUUACAAGUUGCCUUUGAAAAUGCCAAUUGAAAAUGGUGUCGUUCGUAAUUGGCCUAAUGAUGCUUUAAUAAUGCUUACGUAUUGAUUUUAUAAUUUUUAACAGUAACGAAAAGUUUACAAGUUAUAGAUUUUGUUUCUAUUUUUCUUUCUUUCUUUUCUUUCUUUUUUUUUUUUUUACUUUUUUACUUACUUUUGCAAUUGUAAAUUGUAUUGUUUUAAUGUGAUAAACUUUUUUUUUUUGUUUUAUGA